AUGGCAGAAAUUCAAAAUCAUCAAGAAGUCUUUGACUUCUAUUUACAACUGACCGAUGUAAUUUGGGAGAUAGAUAAAACAUCAAUAGAAGAUAUACUUACGCAAAUCAAACUCGGAUUCGAUAAAUAUAAUUUAAAGAUGAAUUAUCUUAUCAACAUAAUCAAUACAAUUGCAAGUCACAGGCUAUGGUGCCUCGAAAAGUUUGUUAGUUUAUUUAAAAGAAUUCAAGAAAUUUAUGAAAUUUCCAAUGAUUUAAAUUUUUCAUGUUUCGAAUUGAAGAAUAUUCUUAUCAAAUGCAAUAUUAUUACACAAGAACUUUCCUAUGAUUAUGAAAAGAAAACAACAGACGAAAUGUAUCAAAUUUUUCCAAAAAAUACGAUUGCUCAUGCUUUAUUUUGGGAUGAUAUACAAGAAUUUCAGCAUUUUUCUGGAGCAGAUGAUUUUAACUUCAAUCAAUCAGUUAAUUUUGAAUUUUUGAUUGAUAUGGCCGCAAAAUAUGGAGCUGUCAAGUGUUUUAAGUUGAUAUAUCUUAAUAAUGCAAAGUUAUCUAUUCAUACUCUUGAAAAAUCAUUCAUUGGCAAUAAGUUUGAAAUAAUAAAUAUUUGCGAACAAUCUUUUUCUCCAAAUCGACAUUGUAUAGAGAAUUGCGUGAAGUGGUACAGAAAUGACAGCUUGCAGUAUCUGAAAUCUAAAUAUGACUUAGAUUUUUCGUUUUUAGUUUCAUUAACUUCUUAUAACUUUUUAAUUUUCGAUCAAAUGUUGAACGAAGUGAAUGAUAUUGAGUAUUUAGAUUGUACUGGAAGAACCGCAUUUAGCUCAGCUGUUGAAUUCGGUUUCCUUCCAAUUGUUGAAUAUCUUUUAGACAAAAAUCCUCAAAUCAACAAAAUAUAUGGGAAAGAAAACCCUCCAUUAAUCAUUUCUUUAUUUAAAUAUGAUGAAAAAUUAACAAAAACAUUGUUAGAUAAAAAUGCAGAUCCAAAUAUUACGAAUUCUUCAGGGAUGUCUGCAUUAAUGUAUGCUGCAAACACAUGUAAUAUUGAUGCUAUUGAAUUACUUCUAAAAUAUAAUGCAGAUGUUAAUAAAACAGACAAUGAAAAUAGAUCUGCUUUGGUUUACGCAAUUAAAGCUAACUUUAAAGAAGUUGUUGAAGUUCUAAUUAAAUAUGGUGCUGAUGCCACUAUAUCAGAUAAAUCUGGAAAAACUCCACUCGAAUAUGCCAAAAAUAUUGAUCCAAAAAGUUCCAUUACAAAAAUCAUCACUAAAUAUUUGGAGUCAAAGAAUUCUGACUAG